CUCUAAGUUAUAAUCAAUUCCAACCAACUUCAACAUCUACCUCAUUUAUCACACAACAAAAUUUUCUCUCUUUUUUUCUCCCUCCAAAUAUGUCUAAAACAAAUGUGAGAAAACAAGCUUUAGAAAGGAGCACAAGUUUCAAAGAUACACAAAAGAUAUUGAACCAAAGUUUUUUCCAUAAUAGAAAUAACCACCUCAAGAAAGUGUACCCUAUAGGGCUUCAAAAAAGCACUUCUUCACUAUCUUUAUCUUCAGUUUCAUUAUCUUUGUCACAAAACUCAAAUGACUCUUCUCAAGCUGAUUCUUUGACUCCAUUGGAUGAAAAGAUUUCAUUGGCACUUCGUUUGAUUUCAGCUUCAUCACAUGAAAGAAGAGAAACAACCGUAGCUAAAACUAUACAGCAACAGCCAGCAACCGUAGCUAAAACUGAGCCAGGUGAAUUGAAAAGAUGCAAUUGGAUCACAAAAAAUAGUGAUAAGCUAUACAUAGAAUUUCAUGAUGAGUGUUGGGGAGUUCCAGCUUAUGAUGACAACAAAUUGUUUGAGCUACUUGCAAUGUCUGGUUUGCUCAUGGAUUACAAUUGGACAGAAAUUAUAAAAAGAAAGGAACCACUUAGAGAAGUGUUUGCUGGAUUUGAUCCUUACAUUGUUGCCAAAAUGGAGGAAAAGGAAAUCAUAGAGAUAGCAUCAAACAAAGCACUUUCUUUAGCUGAUAGUAGAGUUAUGUGCAUUGUGGACAAUGCCAAAUGCAUAAUGAAGGUUGUUAGGGAAUGUGGAUCAUUUAGUAGCUACAUAUGGGGUUUUGUUAAUCACAAACCAAUAAUUAACAAAUACAAGUACCCAAGAAAUGUGCCAAUAAGGAGUCCAAAAGCAGAAGCUCUUAGCAAGGACAUGGUAAAACGUGGAUUUCGAUUUGUAGGACCAGUGAUAGUGCACUCUUUUAUGCAAGCUGCAGGACUAACCAUUGAUCAUCUUGUGGAUUGUUAUAGACAUAGUGAAUGUGUAAGCCUAGCAGAAAGACCUUGGAGGCAUAUCUAACAUAAACUCAUUCAAUAUCACAAUUUUCAAUUUGCUUUUUUUAGUGCAAUUACUUAAUUUUCGAAACAUGUCAUGCAAGAGAUGACAUUAAUGUUGUAAUUUGUAUAACUUCUGUUUUUCUUGUAUAUUUUGGGUUUUGGUUUUGAGUUGUGUUAUACAAACAUAAAUAUUGACACGUUAUUCUUUA